AUGUAUCUAGGCAACUUCGUGAACAUCCUUCAGUUCAGCCACCAGGGAGUCGCAGCCCAGGGCUCUUCUGAUUUUGAUCCCAAGACCCAGCUAUCGUCUCGACGCGGCAACCCUUGCUCGUUCCGCACGCUUCUCAAUGACGGCGCUUCAUCUUGCGAUUCUCUCAGCAGCAGCACCUUUGAGGAGUUGGACAGUGGAGACAUUCGAUUUGACGACUCCGAGUGUAUCUCUAUCGGCCGCACCCUAGGGAACGUCCCAAACCAUCAGUUGCAGAAGCGUGUGGACAGCGGCAUUGUUCUUGAGACGCAAGGUCGUAAUCAUUACUCAGUUCCCGCGGACCUUCUUGCGCCGGAAAGUGAGCACGGUGACGAAACCAUGGGCGACUAUAGCUGUAUUGAGCAAGAUAUCGACAUGGCGAUCUGUUCACCCAUCUUCACUACACAAGACCACACGUUCAAGCGAUCAUUCAGCGCCAACGAGUUCCCGGCCGCCAGCAACCUGUCAGGCGUUUCAGAAUCCGACAGGCAGGUGUUUGGCUCAAUGGAGGCAAUGAACAUGCCAUUCUCCUUGAACGAACCCGUUUUGAGAAGACACAAAAGAUUCCCUUUCCGCGACCACGAUGCCGCCAAGGACGAUGAGGACGAUGACAUGUCCAUCAUUUCCGACUUCUCGCUCAUUCCCAGCUACCCCCCUGGCGGAAUCGACCAACAGUACAAAGUCAAAGUCAAAGUCGGCCGGGCAACCUUUAAGCGACUUCUCAAGAUCCAGGCGAAGGUUGCCACCAAGACUGUUCGCCAUAUCAAGCGAUCCUGUCGCGAGGCCAUGGGGCAGGCUUUUGACCAUUCCAGCCCCGUCUAUAAACCGGCUACCUGUGUCCGUGUUGGGGGUGCCUGUUAA